CCCGCAAGCUCCUCCCCGCCGGCUUCCUCCUCCCCAAGCUCGCACCACCCAACCCAACCACCGAAGCAACAUUCUCGCGGCCGUCCACCACCACCGCAUCACCGCCCCUCUCUCCGUGCUUUCUCCUUCCGCUCCACCUCGCCGUGCGGGCGAAGACAAAAGACGACCAAGAAACCAAGAAAGGCUUCUUGGGGACAGCCCUCCAAUGGAGCAGGGCGCCGGGAAGAAGCUCGGAAAGACGAAGGCGUCCAAGUGCGAGGUGUCCGCACCUCCUCGGAGCGAGGUUUCCGCUCUGGAGCUCCCUGGCGCGCCGACUGGGUCCGGGGUGGCCGCGCUGCAGCUCCCGGGCGCGCCACCACCACCGACCCAGCCCGAGGUCGACACGACUCGGCGGCUCCAUGGAGACGUUCCGCCAUCUCAGGCGACCGCGUUGCAGCUCGCAGGCGCGCCAGCCCAGCCGCCUCAGGCCGAGGUGUCUCCUCGCCGGCUUGCGAUCGUCCCCGGCCCCGCUCACGUGCCGCCUCAGGCCGACGCGUCCUGGCUCAGGAGCUUGCUGGAGGCCCUCCGACUCCGGUUUCCGGGGCCGGUUGUGGCGAGGAUCUUCGAGGCCUUCGAGGGCGCGUGGGCGUCCGUGCACGGGUGGUGGAGCGGGCCGCCGCUCGCUGUCGCUGCGCCGGAGUUGAAGAAGAAGAAGAAGAAGAAGAGCAAGAAGAACAAGAAGCCUGUCCUCCCCGCUGUACGGCGUCAUAAGGCAUUCUUGUUCACGAAGACGAAGAACGAUGAUCGGCAGACGAAGAAGGAUGAUCGGCAGACGAAGAAGGAUGAUCUGCAGACGAAGAAGGAUGAUCUGCACACGAAGAAGGAUGAUCGGCAGACGAAGAAGGAUGUGCCAGUGAUUGUCGAUGGAGAGACCGUCCCCGCUGAGAUUGUGGAGGGAUAUAAGAGAUACUGCAGAAUAGCUACAUCCUCUCCGGCGACGACAACAGUGUGCCACCUUUGCAUUUUUGAGGUGGAGCUUCACCCAAAUGGGAUUGUUCGCACCACUGAUAUGAUCGCGCAUUGCUACAAGCAUAAGUCAGUAGCUGUUUGGUGUGGCAGGUUUGGCUGUGCUGCUAAGGUUCCUCCAGGCCGCGACCUACGCUGGCACACCCAUAUUUGCCACGACCUGCCGGCUGAUUGGUGGCUACCAUAGAGACCCGGUGGUACUAGGAAACAAAAUGUUGGUAGCAUAAAUGAUAUGGAUUGCUGUAUAAACUUGUAAAUCGUGUGGUUCAGUAUGCUAUACGCUUAUGGUUCUAAAACUACAACCAGAUCCUUGUGAUUCAUUCAUGAACAACAGUGGAAAAUAUUAAACAGGAACAAUAUUUCCUUGUGC